AUGCAGACCCAGUAUCCUACGGGUGACACAUUGAGACCUCACCUGCCGGUGCCCCAAAUUUGGAAUGACGUCUGGAAAUCGCGCGGGCGCCAGGAGUUGGGCAUUGGCGCACUCCACAUCAAGCUCCGUGCAACCGGCGGCACCAAGACACGCACGCCAGGGCCCGGGGCUCAGAGCGCCCUCCGUGCGCUGGCACGCUCCGGGAUGAAGAUCGGUCGCAUCGAGGACGUGACUCCCAUCCCCACCGACUGCACUCGCCGCAAGUGCGGUCGUCGCGGACGCCGUCUGUAA